AUGCCCCAUUCGGUGGCAUCUUACAACGAGGCUUACGGAAAUUAUGAUACCCAUUUCUAUAGCGGUCAGGACGAAAUAGGUCUAGAUGGUGUUCUAAGGAUCAAUAAGAAGUACCAUAAGAAGGUCGAUAGCCCAAAGUUUUUACCAAGUUGGGAUCCAAGAGAAAAAUACGAGCCGUUAGAAUAUCAUGAGUAUGAUGACCCUGCUUCCAGAGCUGAUGCGACGUUUCCCAACCUAUUUCCAGCUAAUGCCAAGGAUUCAGUCGUCAAAAACAUCACACCAAAUUUGGGAUCCGAAAUCAAGGGCAUUCAACUGACUGACCUUAGCGACGCAAGCAAGGAUGAAUUAGCCUUAUUUGUUGCGCAAAGGGGUGUUGUUGUUCUGCGUAAUCAGGACUUUGGGUCGAAAGGUCCUGCCUAUGCCGAGAAGUACGGUAGCUACUUCGGUAAAUUGCACAUUCAUCAGACCUCAGGUGCUCCAGAGAAUCAUUCACAUCUUCACAUAACUUUUAGAAGGCCUGACAGAGCUGAGUUUGAAAGGGUUUUCAAAGACUCUCACUCCUCCAUCUCCUUCCACACCGAUGUUUCUUACGAGCUCCAACCGCCCUCCUAUACCUUUUUUACUGUGCUCCAAGGUCCCCCAGCCGGAGGCGAUACUUUGUUCAGCGAUUCUAUAAGUGCCUUCGAGCGGUUGUCACCCGCCUUUCAGAACUUCCUGAGCUCCUUGCAUGUCAUUCACAGCUCGAAGGAACAGGCUCAAAACUCAAAAUCUCAAGGUGGAAUUCAACGCAGAGCACCUGUAACUCAUAUUCAUCCUUUGGUCAGGGUUCACCCGGUCCUGAAGAAGAAGAGUCUUUUCGUGAACAGUUCAUUUUCUCGCAGGAUUGUCGAAUUGAAAAAGCCUGAGUCAGAUGCUUUGCUUUCAUUACUCUACAACCUCAUCAAUAAUAGUCAAGAUUUACAAUUGAGGGCGAACUGGGAGCCUGGUACGGUGGUCAUAUGGGAUAAUCGGAGGGUUCAUCACUCGGCGGUUAUUGAUUGGGAUGAACCGGUUUUGCGUCAUGCUUUCAGAAUCACACCUCAUGGCGAAAGGCCAGUAGAAGACCUCAAAUACUUGAAUGAUGAAUCGUACUAUCCAUCUAAGAUUACCCGCGAUCUUUAA